CCCUCCCUUUCCAACACCGCCCACAUCACCAACCCCCCAUCCCACUCCUUCCUUUUGUCUUCCCUACCCUUGUGCAUUAAUUUCCUAUAUUCUCCGUCUCUGUGGACAUUGUUGUCUUUAACUUGCAGUAAGUCUUCCUAUUCUUCUUUCUUCUUAUUCACCUCCCCUCCUCCACCUCCCCUCCCCCCCCCUUGCGGUGUUUCCGAUCUCCGGAGGUACUAAAAGCUCAGACUACGUCAGUCAAGUCCAGCAGGCUGACAUAUUAUUAUUGUUAUUUUUGCUCCCUCCAAAGCAUACCGGCUUACCUUCCCACCCCGCUGUUAAGCAUAUCUGCACAUGUCUGUCUGCAUUAGACGCUUUCCAGUCUAGUGCUCCACUACCUGCAAUUAUUAUUGUUUUGCCGUGUCAUUUGCAUUCCGCCAGCCUCCCACUCGCUCCGCUCCCCAUUCUAUCACCCCCCACCACGUCCGCUUUGACAGCGUCUCGACUUGCCAGAUGUCCAGUCCGCCGUUCACAGUCAAAGCGGUCUUCGAAUACGCUUCGGACCACGAUGACGACCUUAAUUUUGCCAUCGGUCAGGUUGUAACCGUGACGGCGGUGGAAGACGAGGAAUGGUACUUUGGUGAGUAUACCGACGAGUCGGGGCACAAGCGAGAGGGUAUAUUCCCCAAGAACUUCGUGGAAAGAUAUGAACCUCCGGCUCCUCCGCGGCCGACACGCCCGAGUCGACCGAAGAGAGAACCAGACGUUGCGCCGCCUCCUCCGGAGCCCGCUGUUGCUGUCGAGCCCCCUACGACCCAGCCCCCGCGCUCAUUAGAACCCGAAGUGGAGGACACACCUGCAGCUGUGCCCCAACCUCCUCAAUCGCCGCCUCCUGCGUUGGCAUCACCAACCCGUGAGCUUCCCUCUUCCCCGAAGCCAGCACCUGUCCCGGCAUCUGUCCCGGCAUCUGUCCCGGCACCUGCCUCGGUCCCUCAGCCCCCUGCAAAUGACAUCAGCGAACCGGCUCCCAAACCCUCGUCCAAGCCCCCACCUCCCGCCGUUGCGGAGAAGCCGACUGGGUCAUCGUUCAGGGAUCGCAUUGCUGCUUUCAACAAACCCGCAGCACCCCCAAUUGCACCCUUCAAGCCGGGUGGCCUGAGCGCCCAAAACACUUCCUUCGUCAAGAAGCCGUUCGUUGCAGCACCUCCCAGUAGAGAUGCAUACGUACCCCCGCCCCGUGAAGCUCCCCGCAAGAUCUACAGAAGGGAGGAAGAUCCUGAGGUCCAAGAACGUCUGGCGAGGGAGCCGCCCGUUUCCGAGACUCGGCCGCUGUCGAGUGGAGGCACAGAGGAAGGUGCGGAGGAGCAGCCCAAGCCGACUAGCUUGAAGGAGCGGAUUGCUCUCUUGCAGAAACAGCAGAUGGAGCAAGCUGCUCGUCACGCUGAAGCUGCCCAGAAGAAGGACAAGCCCAAGCGCCCUCCUCCCAAGAAGCGCACCGAGUCUCACGAAGAAGCCCUGCCUGUGGAAGAGCCGACCCCCGAGAACGCUCCAUCUGGCGAGCCUGAGAGAGACCACAGUGUUGAGACGGUGAAAGGUAGUCACCCGCCUGCCCCACAAGCAGCUAUGCCUCCCCCGCCAGUGCGGGAGCUCGUCAGCGAUACCAACGAUGCCGAUGAUUCAGCCGCCGCUGAUACAGAAGAUGCGGAGGAGACGUCUACGAGCAAGGAAGACUAUGACGAGCGUGCCCGUGCGGAGGUUCAGCACGAAGCUCAAGCUGAAUCUCGGCAGUUGGAGAAAGCCGAAGAACGCGAAGCUCAGGUUGAUGAAGGUGCAGAAGAGGACGAGGAAGGAGAGGAAGAGGAAGAGGAAGAGAUAGACCCCGAAGUCAAGCGCAAGAUGGAGCUUCGCGAAAGAAUGGCCAAGAUGAGCGGUGGAAUGGGUAUGAUGGGCUUCUUCGGGCCUCCUGGUGGCAUGCCUCGUCCAGCCGCAGCUCCUCGCAAGCCGAAGGCACCUGUGGAAGCCGAGAGACCCAGCGGGGAGCAUGAACGAUCCGGCCCAGCUACUGCCCCUCCAGUGCCGAUCAUGGCUCUGCCGGGGAUGAACGUGGCCAAGCCUGCUGUCACCCCAAGCGUGGAGAAGGAGGAGGAAGAGGCUCAGACGAGUCCUGUGACAGAGAAGCAUCCUCCGCACGAGGUCGCCGAUGUCGAAGAUGUUGUUGAGGAAGAACCGCCUCGGCGUACAUCCACCGACAGGCCACCUGCGCCCUUGGAGCGCUCGGCUCCGCCCCCUCCGCCACUCGAAACACGGCCAGUUCCACCUCCUGUCCCUCACGAUGCGCCUCUGUCUCCUCCCCCUGUUCCCGGACAUCAAGCCACCCCUAAGGGCGUUGCUCCUGCUGACACAGGCGACGAAUCGGACGAUGAGCUCUCCUUGCACACUAGAAAUCUCUCCCUGAACGCUGCGGCAGCCGAUCAGUCUCCAAGCCAGCCUGUUCCUGCUCCUCCGCUCCCCGAUCAUCUAGACUCUCGCCGCUCGUCAACGUACGAUGUCACAUCUCCGAAAUCACCCACUCUUCCGGCAGAUAAGAGACUCAGUCGUCCUCCGCCUCCCAUUCCAGGCAACCCACCCGUCCCGGCUCAAAGUCGACCAGCUCCACCACCACCGCCCGCCAAUAUUCGCCGGAGGUCAACUGCCGAUAGUCGAACCAGUGUGACUUCACAGUCUCGCCAAGCGGGCGAAGAGGUAGAGGGCGAGGUCACCGAGUAUGACGGCGACUACGACACUGAUAUUGCAUCCGGUGCCAAGUUCAAGGACGCACUGAAAGCUCAUGGGCGUGAUUCAAGCUUCGACGAAGGGACGACGACCGACGACCAUUCACUUCAAUCUCCUCGAAGCCCGCCACAGACUCGUCUUCCGCCUCCCCCUCCCCCGACUGCCCCUAGGGCAGUCCCUCCUCCACCCCCAAUCCAGCCUCCUAAGAGUGCGGGUAGGGCCUCUAUAGAUUCCCCUCGCGGACCCCCUCCUCCGCCCCCCCACCGAGAGUUGUCUUUCGGAGGCGAUGACGAUGAGUACGAUCCGUACCGUUACAAUGCUCCGCAACAUGGACUGCCUACCCCAAGGGGGCCCCCACCUGUUCCCGCUGGGCCGCCACAGCUACCGCCUGUGAUCCCUUCCCAGCCUGCAGAGGAAGAACCGGAGGAGCUCUAUGAAGCUUCUCCAGUGCAAUCACACCCCGAGUCAACUUUCUCGCAGUCUGAGAAGAGAACCUCGAUGGCGCCCCCGCCCCCCACAUUACCCCCACCCACACCACGUAGCAACCGUGCAUCGCUCGAUGUCCCCAGAGCGCAGCCUAGCAUGAGGCGUUCUAUGGAUGUCAGCCGUCCGUCCGUGGACCAAGGCUUCAUCGCCAUGGACGUAGACCUGGCAGAGAAUACGCUCUGGUGGACGCAGCACAAUACUCCCCCUCCCGUGUUUCAGAACCGCAAGGACAUAUUGCUUGAGUUUGAGGAGUCCAGUUCUUCCAAGAGAGGUGGCAAGACCAUGGUAACCAAAGACAUCUACGUUCUUUUCAUGGACCAUUCGCAAACGGUGAUUACGGUCAACUUCGACGCUCGGAAUCCCACGGACGUUGCCUUUGAGCAGCGCCACGAGGCUCCUCCUAUCCAGCCUCGCCAGGAUCAACUUGAGAACGCACAUCUGCAGAUCGGCACUCACAUUGCCUCCACGGCCAAUUCCGUUCAGAACACUACCGUUACGGACGGCACUCCGUUUGGCCUCGUCCAGCACGUGCUUAGUCCCUUGUCGGAUGCCCUUAAGCCGGUUGGCACACGCGCGUAUGGCGCUUUGGUCUACUCGAAUCUAGCCAAUGCUUCUGUGCAGCAGAACGAUGAGAUUCGCGCCGGUGAUAUUGUCAGCUUCCGCAACGCACGCUUCCAGGGACAUCGCGGCACGAUGCACCAGAAGUACAGUGCGGAAGUGGGCAAGCCUGAUCACGUGGCCAUUGUGGUUGACUGGGACGGAACCAAGAAGAAGAUCCGUGCUUGGGAGCAGGGCCGUGAAAGCAAGAAGGUCAAGAUGGAGAGCUUCAAGCUCAACGACCUCCGCAGUGGUGAAUGCAAGGUGUGGCGAGUGAUGCCGCGGAGCUAUGUGGGCUGGGAGAAAUAAGUACAGUAUGAAGAGAAGUGAAGUGCUGUGAAGGGUUGAGAUGAGCAGAGACGAGUAAAUGAUUUGAUUCUGGUAUAUCUAAUGCCGCUGGUACAUGGACCGCAGGCGGACAAACCUCGAUUGCCUCUGUGAUAUGUUAACUAACAUUCUUGUUGUAUGUACCUAUUGAUGUUAUCCAUAUGUGCUUAAUUUGUCAUUCGUUUACUGCAUAGUGCGAAUACAUCUUUUAUGUAAAG